AUGGACUUCAACAGCUCUUCGCCCUUCCCCGAGGGCGUCAUCUCCUUCCUCGACACCGAUCUGUACAAGUUGACGAUGCAAUGCGCCGUUUUCAAGUUCUUCAAGGACGUCCCGGUCACGUACGCCUACACCAACCGAACUCCCGACAAGAAGCUGUCGCGAGCUGCUUUCAAGUGGCUUGAGGAGCAGAUCCGAAAGCUUGGAAACAUCUCACUUUCCACCGACGAGUACCUUUUCCUCAAGAAGCACUGCGACUAUCUCACUACCGAUUAUCUCAACUUCCUCAAGGAGUUCCGCCUAAGUCCCCGAGAGCAGGUCAUCGCUACCUUUACGCCCGUUGGUGAGGAUAAUGGAGAUGACUCGGUUGUUGGCGACGUCGACAUCCAGAUCAAGGGAGCCUGGGUUGACACGAUUCUCUACGAAAUCCCCAUGCUGGCGUUGACAUCCGAAGCAUACUUCCGUUUCAUGGAUACGGACUGGAACUACGAAGGACAGGAGGAAAAGGCAUUUGAAAAGGGCAUGACGCUGUUGGAAGCUGGAUGUGUCACUUCUGAGUUCGGCACACGAAGACGCCGCGACUACCACACACAGGCCCUUGUGUUUCGAGGUCUGGUGAAGGCUUCGAAGGAGGCUGAAAAGAAGGGCUUCCCUGGCAAGCUCUCCGGAACCAGCAAUGUCCACCUGGCCAUGCGCUUCAACAUUCCCCCUGUUGGUACAGUCGCCCACGAGUGGUUCAUGGGCGUGGCAUCGAUCAUUGGCGACUACAAGAAGGCCACCGAGGAGGCACUCCGACACUGGGUGGGCUGCUUUGGCACCAAGCUUGGUAUUGCCCUGACCGAUACAUUCGGCACCCAAGAGUUCCUACGCUCUUUCAGUCUGCCUGUGCGACCUGUGGAGGGUGGAUUCCCAGCCGAGACCUUCCAGAAGGCCGAUGGAAGCAUGAAGACGUAUGCUGAGACGUUCGCUGGAAUUCGACAGGACUCCGGUGAUCCUGCCGAGUACACCAAGGUGAUGCGAGACUUUUACGACAAGCAGGGCAUCACAGACAAGAAGCUCCUUGUCUUUUCGGAUUCCCUCAACAUUGAGAAGUGCCUCGAGUACAAGACCAUCUCGGACAAGCUGGGUUUCCAGCCAACAUUUGGUGUGGGAACGUUUCUUACCAACGACUUUACGCACCUCAAGGCCGGCACCAAGUCGGUGCCCCUGAACAUUGUCAUCAAGCUCAGCUCUGCAGGAGGCCGCCCAGCCAUCAAGAUCAGCGACAACAUCGGCAAGAAUACCGGUGACAAGGAGACCGUAGAGAAGGUCAAGAGGGAGCUCGGUUAUGUUGAGCGCGAGUGGAAGGAGGGAGACGAGACGGCACGAUGGGGAAAAGAGUAA